AUGCGGCAAAAAUGGCCGCCAUUUUGUGGCCAACUCUUAAUACCUUUAUUAAUCAUCACAUCAACAGUAGACAGCACCAUAACUUCAAAUUCUUAUCAGCUGUGUCAAGAAAAUUGUGUGGACAAGAAUAUUGUAGGUGGUAUUUCAAAAAUUAGACUUUUUAAUUUUUAAUUCGUAAAUAUAUUAUUUAGCAAUAUUUUAUUUAUUUUUUCAAAAUAGAUUUAAUACCAUGUAGGCUCUUAUUGUUAAUAAUUUUAUAAAAACAAUUUUCAGGCAUACCCCUUGCCUUCAAAUGACCUGGAUUGGCCUGAAAGUACGAUGACAGCGUGUGACUACAAUUGUCAUGUGUCUUCGGUAAGCAAUUGAUUCUAUUUUUAGUUUUAAAGGGCCACGAAACGUCCUUGCAAAUGGUUGGCAUUCUGUCGCAAAAAGCGUUCAAAAUCAGGAAAUUUCAGUUGAAAUUAUUUUUCUCAAAAAAAAUGAGCGGGCCGAGCUCCAAUUGAAGUUUCCCAAUUUUUAAGUUUAAAAAUUAAAGUGCCAUUGUUAUUUUAACACUAAAAAACAGAUUUUGAUGUAAAAUACGAUUUUGGGAACGCCAUAUUAAAAAAUUUUAAUUUUUUAUAUUUUAGUGUAACGUCGGAUGUACAGAUCUAGAAGCCGUAAAUUCAACGUGCACGAACCGCUGCUCUAACACUAGUUCUCCAUUAAGUUGUUUUCAAGGUUGUCGUGCCAUAUCAGAUCUCUUUACUAAUCAAAUUCAGAGUAAGUUAAAACCAAUUCAUUAUUGGAAAUUUAGGUAACAAUAGUGAAUACUUUUCUCUUUAUCAAGUACAUAUAUAACAAUAUUAAUAUUAGAAAACGUUAAAUUUCAAUGAAUAGUGUGUUAAUUUCUAUAAAAAAGUAUAUAAGAAACCAGUUUUUUUUAUUUUUAUUACCUAAAAUCUUAUUUUUUUAAAUAAACUUGGAACAAAUACCUAAAAUAUUAUCGCAAAAACCGUUUCAGAUCUACUGAACCAAGUAAAUGUAGAAGCAACAUUAGAUACGACACAAGGAGUGAAAUUGAAUUGGUUUUUCGACGAAUCUCAUCUAGUUCAACUACAAGAAGUCUCGGCCGCUAAUCUGAAAUGGUUCGCCCAGUCAAAGAAGUCGACCAGUGGAUGGCUGUGGACUCCUAUGGGAUUUCAGGUAUAUUUUCUAUAAACUUUCUUUAAAAAAGCAGUCUAAAUUCUAAGAGUUUUACAUAAAAAAAGAAAAAAAUUAUAUCAACGUAUAUUAUUGUAGGCCUUCCGAGACUCAAUGCUAACAGCAACCGUAUAUCUCCCAAUAGAAGCCGUAGCCAAUGAGUUUAAGACAAGAUUGGUAGCUAUUUGGCGUGAUAUUAUAGUGACAUCAGCUGAGUUCUCUCAAGCCAUCCCACUACCACCAAGUCAAGAACCAAGUCUACCUGAACUGACAUCUUCACUUCAAGUCACAGAGAAUAGCUGGGCGGUGUGUUGGCAUUCUGAGAAGCACGCAGCUGAAAGUGCUGAACCUGUCAAGUUCAGGUAG